CUUAAGACAUUUUUGCAGCUUAUUUCUUUUAAAGAAAAUAAACGAAAUGGGCGUACAAAUCGACGGAGAGGCCCUCGGCACCCUCCUAAAACGAUUAUCAUCCUCCUCCUAUUUAUCCAUCGACGACAUCGCCCUCUUGGCCGAUGCACUUGUACCUUCAUCUCCACGGUUGGCCCGGGCAACGGCGUAUCUUUGUCUUUCAAAAGCUUGCAGUGAUCUCGAUUCCAAGCAGACCGACGGAAAAGCAAUUUACGAUGCUAUCUUCCCUUUCAUCAAUUCAAUCUUCCACAAAUCCGUGCCAAAAAUACAAGAGAUAGAAAACGACGAGGACGCCGUGGAGAUAAUGGCGCCCGAAAUCUGUGUGCCAGCCGUUUACCUUCUUACAGCACUCUUUCCUAUCGCCCCUUCAGCCUCUGCAUCUUUAUUAACGGGAAAGAUUGGGGAUGAAGGUGAUUCAUUGGGUAUACUACUAGAGCUUGCAGAAUUACCGUCGCCUCUUCAACCAGCACUGGCUGAGCUUUUUGUCGCUGCGGCUGAUAGCAAGCAAGGGCGUGACCUUGUUUUGACCAGAGGAAUGGAAUGGCUGAAGGGAGGCGUAAAAUAUGAAGAAGGUAGCGGAGAUGUGACAGCUCUUUGCGCUGCAGCACUGAGUAAGUUGUCAGGCAGUAGUGAUGCGGAUCAGGGGAAACCGCCAUCUGAGGGUCAGGGAAUAGAGUCUAUCACUGCCUCAAAUGCCGACCGUGAAGAGCUGGCGAAGAAGAUGAUGGCUUUUGUGGAGGAUUCCUCAAGCAAUUACCCAGCUUUACAAUCGAUCAUUGAAGGUCUUGCUGUUCUGUCCCUCCGACCGCGAGUCAAAGUCCUUCUUUCAUCUUCUCCAAAAUUCCUCAAAUCGCUUAUCGAUUUGUCUCCUGUACCUGGUCGGAAGGGCGGAUCCCUCCCUGUAACUCCUCGGGGCAUGAUUGACGCUGACAACGACGCUAAGCUGUUCGAAUCGGUCGAAACAAGCUUCUGCUACGGCCUCGCCAGUAUACUAGUAAACAUCACAAGCCCGAAGCCUAUACUUUCAGAACAAGACCAAGAAAUGGAAAAGUUGCGAAAAAUGGCGAUUUCCGCCGACAAGAGCAAGCUGAAUGAGCAGGAUGAGGACGCUGAGCUGGACAGCAACUUGGAAGUUCUCAAGCGAGUCAAGGCGGUACUGGCAGCUGGGUGCGUCAAUGCUUUGAGUGGGCUAAUCCGGGCAGACAGUAGACUGGUGAAAGAGGCUAUUGGGAGGCUGUGUAGGAACCUUGUGGAUUCGCCAGAUGAGGAGAAAGACCGGAAGGAAUGGAUGAGAAGAAGGGUUUUAUUCGUGAAAGACGGUGGUUUCAAAGUACUAUCAAUCGUGCUGAGAGACCUCUUGGCGAUGGCAACGGUUAAACCUUCUACCAAAGCCUCAGAUACUACUCUAUCUCCUGCCAAUCCUGCCACUAUCGAUAUUAUACCCGCCUGUCAAGCUUUGGCGAAGCUUGUUGUCACUACCGAUCCAGCCACUCUGUUCCCUCCUCCAUAUCAGGUUACAGCGCUCAAUGCUCUUACCCCCCUUUACCACCUUCUCAUCCAUCCUGAUUCUCUCCUCAUCCAGCGAUUCGAAGCUCUUAUGGCUCUCACCAACAUUACAUCCAUCGAUCCUACGAUCUCAGCCAAACUUAUCAAAGCUAGUAUUAAACCACUCAAAGUCGAAAGCCUAUUCAGGACAUCUUAUAGUAGUGAGGAGGUGCGAGUGAUCACCAAGGUUGAAGAGAUGAUGCUGGAUGAUAAUGAGCUUGUCAGAAGGGCUGCAGUACAGCUAGUCUGCAACCUUACGUCCUCGCAAACUGGCUACGAUUACUUUUCAGGAGAAGACUCUACCACAACACCUUCUCGUGCGAGAUCGUUGCUAAAUAUAUUGGUAGUCUUGACUUGCAUUGAUGAUGUGCCAACUCAAUCCGCGGCAGGAGGAGCGCUUGCAAUGCUCACCGAAUCGCCGAUUGCGUGCAAGUACAUUCUCAUGGGUGACAUCCAUUCGUCUUCAUCAGCUGAUCAGACACCCCCGAGAUCUCCUUGGUCACGAAUCUGCGGCCUGCUCGAAACUGCGCCCGAGGUGGAAUACGAUGAAAGGACCGAACCUAUACCGAUAAUAUCAUCUACGCCUUCACAGCCCAACGCAGAGCUCGUGCACCGUGGUGUUAUCAUCCUGUACAACCUUCUAGAGUACGUGGUCGGUCUACCAGGGAAAGAGCGAGAGGCAGAGAAGAAAAGGAUUGAAGCGGAUGGGGUGCAGAAUGUAUUGUUUGGGGUGUUAAAGGUAGUGAAGGAUAUGGGUGACGAAAUGAUCCAGCCGGUGGUCUUUAGUUUGAAAAUGAUGCGGGAGAAUUUGAAAUGCGCUCAUUAAUCCACAAGAGUAGAAAGCUGGGCAGAGAAAAUGGCAUAGAAUGGCUCAAAGAGCAGAUCAAUGGCCUGAUCAGAUAUAAGUCGAGCGUGAUCUAGCUUUAUGCUGCUGUAUGUACAUAUUAUUUUAUAUGUCGAAAUGGGCCCUGCUUUAUGUUGCCAGAAAAGUACACUACUUUGAUAAAGGGGAAUGCCCUAGUCCAUUGCGAACGAAAAAAUGCGCAAGCGGCGAAACGAGGCAUAGUAUAGCAGGAGACUUCAGAGAGAAGUGUUAAUCCGAAGACAACAGCUGUCUAAAUGGUUGGCGUCAAAGGAAGGUUCGCAUUAUUUGGUCUGGCCUGACUGCAUUUGAUUCCAAAAGCGCAUAAGUUUGCAUUAGAACUAAAAACAAAGCAUGAUUAUUACAGUUCAUUUAUUUUUUAAAUU